UGUUCUAUCGCCUGGUUGUAUAUUUUGUUUGUAUAUCUCAUUCAUCAUCCCCUUUACUUGGACUACCGCACACCCAGGAUCUAACUAGUUAUUUUUAUACACAUGUCCUCCUCCGCAGAGCCCCAGCUCACAGACCUCCUCUCCGUACGCCACCUCUUCCACGGCGACGAUGACUCGCACAAGCAUAUCUGCCCGCAGGAACUCUCCGUCCCGACAAUCCCCAUAACGGGCUCCCUCACCUUCCACACCCUCGCCUCUCUGAUCUCCGCCGGGGCAGCAGUCUUCGUGCUUGUCCUCAGCGUCAUCCUCGUCUCGAACCACGCACGUCACUAUGCCGCGCCGAGGGAACAGAGACAAGUCAUACGCAUAAUAUGUAUCGUGCCGUUCUUUUCGGUCGUGGCGCUGCUUGUCAUUUUGGCUGGGGAGAACGGGCAGUAUGUUGAGCCGGCGAGGAGUGUGGGCGAGGCAGUUGCGAUUGCGAGUUUCUUCUUGUUGUGUGCUGAGUAUGUUGUUCUUGUGACGGAGGGGGCAAAGAGGAUGGUUCGGAGUGGAAGGGCGCCUUGGUUGAAGAAAGUGUGGUAUAUGGUGUUGCAGUUCUUGCCGGUCAGUGUGUUGUUGUGGAUCUUCACGGCUGCUACGUUUGCGACGGGGACGUAUUGCAAGCAGUCGAACAAGCUCUACUUUGCACAUAUAUGGCUCACGGUCAUCACGUUCGUAACGACGUUUGCGGCACUUCUUGCGGUGAUUAAGUUCUACCACAUCAUGAAGGUGGAGUUGAAGCCGCAGAGGGCACUGCUGCAGCUGUGUGCUUUCAAGGGCCUGGUUGCACUGUCGGUGUUGCAAAGUUUCAUCAUCAACAUUCUCCUCUCGACCAACACAAUCAAACCUUCGGAACACAUGUCAUACGCAGACAUCAAUGAAGCACUACCGUCUCUUCUCAUCAGUUGCGAGAUGCCAUUCUUCGCCGUCUUCUUCUUCUAUGCUUUCGGCGCUGGUCGGUACAAGGCAAAGGUAACAAAACUGGAGAGUCGUGCCUGUUUCCGGGCCAUCAUCGAUGCCGCCAACGUAUCAGAUAUCUUUUCGGCCUUUGUUCGUGGACCGGUGGGGCUGCUUCGUGAACACGGGCAGAAGUCCAGGCAUACGCAGUCAGGAGAAUAUGUAGGGCUAGUCGCGAGUCCACCGCAUUCCGACACCGUGCCAAUUGUUACACGUCCUCUUCGACCGGUCUCGCCUUCGCCCGAAAGAUAUGAAGGUCGUGUUUGAGGUUGUGUGUAUACAAGCCGUGUUUGCAUGUUGAUGCCUUGAGAUUGUAUAAGAUUUUGACAUUGUGGAUAU